CGCGCGCUUAUGGGGAGAUGAGGCAGCUGCUGCGCCCGAUUGACCGCCAGAGAUACGACGAGAACGAAGACGUGUCGGACGUGGAGGAGAUCGUGAGUGUCCGCGGCUUCAGCCUGGAGGAGAAGCUGCGCAGCCAGCUGUACCAGGGGGACUUCGUGCACGCCAUGGAGGGCAAAGAUUUCAACUAUGAGUACGUGCAGAGAGAAGCUCUCAGGGUUCCCUUGAUAUUUCGAGAAAAGGAUGGACUGGGAAUUAAGAUGCCUGACCCUGACUUCACAGUCCGAGAUGUCAAACUCCUAGUGGGCAGCCGGCGGCUGGUGGACGUGAUGGAUGUGAACACUCAGAAGGGCACAGAGAUGAGCAUGUCCCAGUUUGUGCGAUACUACGAGACACCGGAGGCUCAGCGGGACAAGCUGUACAACGUCAUCAGCCUGGAGUUCAGCCACACCAAGCUGGAGCACCUGGUCAAGCGUCCCACUGUGGUAGACCUGGUGGACUGGGUGGACAACAUGUGGCCGCAGCACUUGAAGGAGAAGCAGAUGGAAGCCACCAACGCCAUUGCAGAGAUGAAGUACCCGAAAGUGAAGAAGUAUUGUCUGAUGAGCGUGAAAGGUUGUUUCACUGACUUCCACAUCGACUUUGGAGGCACUUCCGUUUGGUACCAUGUUUUCCGGGGUGGGAAGAUCUUUUGGCUGAUUCCUCCAACCCUGCACAAUUUGGCGCUGUACGAGGAGUGGGUGCUGUCAGGCAAACAGAGUGACAUCUUCCUGGGAGACCGUGUGGAGCGCUGCCAAAGAAUUGAGCUGAAACAGGGCUACACGUUUUUCAUCCCUUCCGGCUGGAUCCAUGCAGUCUACACCCCUGUAGACUCUCUGGUAUUCGGUGGAAACAUCCUGCAUAGCUUUAACGUGCCCAUGCAGCUGCGGAUUUAUGAGAUCGAGGACAGAACACGGGUGCAGCCCAAAUUCCGUUACCCCUUCUACUAUGAGAUGUGCUGGUAUGUCUUGGAGAGAUACGUGUACUGUGUGACCCAGAGGUCCCACCUCACUCAGGAGUACCAGAGAGAAUCAAUGCUGAUUGAUGCCCCAAGAAAGCCCAGCAUAGACGGCUUCUCAUCUGAUUCCUGGCUGGAAAUGGAGGAGGAGUCUUGUGAGCAGCAGCCCCAGGAGGAGAAGGAGGAGGAGGAGGAAGAAGAAGAGGGUGCAGAGAAGGUGCCCAAGCCACCUGCCGAUGGCCCGGCCUCACCCACCAGCAUCCCCUCUGAGGACCAGGAGCCCCCCGGGAAGAAGCCCAAAGCACCUGCCCUGCGGUUCCUCAAAAGGACUUUGUCUAAUGAGUCCGAGGAAAGCGUCAAGUCCACGACGAUGCCCAUAGACUACCCGAAGACGCCCACUGGCUCUCCCACCACCGAGGUCUCUGCCAAAUGGACCCACCUCACCGAGUUUGAACUGAAGGGCCUGAAAGCUCUGGUGGAGAAACUUGAGUCCCUCCCAGAAAACAAGAAGUGUGUCCCCGAGGGCAUCGAGGACCCCCAGGCUCUCCUGGAGGGUGUGAAGAAUGUCCUGAAGGAGCAUGCUGACGACGACCCCAGUCUGGCCAUCACUGGGGUCCCCGUAGUCACCUGGCCAAAGAAGACUCCAAAGAACCGGGCCAUAGGGAGGCCCAAAGGGAAGCUGGGCCCCGCCUCCGCGGUGAAGUUGGCCGCCAACCGGGCCACAGCGGGAGCUCGCCGGCGCCGGACGCGAUGCCGCAAGUGCGAGGCCUGCCUGCGGACCGAGUGCGGAGAGUGCCACUUCUGCAAGGACAUGAAGAAGUUCGGGGGCCCCGGGCGGAUGAAGCAGAGCUGCAUCAUGCGGCAGUGCAUCGCGCCAGUGCUCCCCCACACCGCCGUGUGCCUAGUGUGUGGCGAGGCGGGGAAGGAAGACACGGUGGAGGAGGAAGAAGGCAAGUUUAACCUCAUGCUCAUGGAGUGCUCCAUCUGCAACGAAAUCAUCCACCCUGGAUGCCUUAAGAUUAAGGAGUCAGAGGGCGUAGUCAACGAUGAGCUUCCCAACUGCUGGGAGUGUCCAAAGUGUAACCACGCUGGCAAGACCGGGAAACAAAAGCGUGGCCCUGGCUUCAAGUACGCCUCCAACCUGCCCGGCUCCCUGCUCAAGGAGCAGAAGAUGAACCGGGACAACAAGGAAGGCCAGGAGUCGGCCAAGCGGAGGAGCGAGUGUGAGGAGGCGCCCCGGCGCAGGUCGGACGAGCACCCCAAGAAGGUGCCCCCGGACACCAUCCUGCGCCGAAAGUCAGACGACGUGCACCUGAGGAGGAAGCGGAAAUACGAGAAGCCCCAAGAGCCGAGUGGACGCAAGCGAGCCUCGACUCUUCAAACGUCCCCUGGCUCCUCCUCGCACCUCUCGCCGAGGCCCCCUCUAGGCAGCAGCCUCAGCCCCUGGUGGAGAUCCAGUCUCACUUACUUCCAGCAGCAGCUAAAACCUGGCAAAGAAGAUAAGCUUUUCAGGAAAAAGCGGCGGUCCUGGAAGAAUGCCGAGGACCGGAUGGCUCUAGGCAGCAAGCCGCUCCGGCGCUUCAAGCAGGAACCGGAGGACGACCUGCCUGAGGCGCCCCCCAAGACCAGGGAGAGCGACCAUUCCCGCUCCAGCUCCCCCACAGCCGGGCCCAGCACCGAGAGCGCGGAGGGUCACGACGAGAAGAAGAAGGUGAAAAUGCGCCGGAAACGGCGGCUCCCCAACAAGGAGCUGAGCAAGGAGCUGAGCAAGGAGCUCAAUCAGGAGAUCCAGAAGACGGAGAGCAGCCUGGCCAACGAGAACCACCAGCCCAUCAAGUCGGAGCCCGAGAGCGAGAACGAGGAGCCCAAGCGGCCCGUGGGCCUCUGCGAGCGCCCCCAUCGCUUCAGCAAAGGGCUCAACGGCACCCCCCGGGAGCUGCGACACCAGCUGGGGCCCGGCCUGCGCAGCCCACCCCGCGUCAUCUCCCGGCCCCCUCCUUCCGUGUCCCCGCCCAAGUGCAUCCAGAUGGAGCGACACGUGAUCCGUCCGCCGCCCAUCAGCCCCCCACCCGACUCGCUGCCCCUGGACGAUGGGGCGGCCCACGUCAUGCACCGGGAGGUGUGGAUGGCCGUCUUCAGCUACCUCAGCCACCAAGACCUGUGUGUGUGCAUGCGGGUCUGCAGGACCUGGAACCGCUGGUGCUGUGAUAAGCGGUUAUGGACCCGCAUCGACCUGAACCACUGCAGGUCCAUCACGCCCCUGAUGCUGAGCGGCAUCAUCCGGCGGCAGCCCGUCUCCCUGGACCUCAGCUGGACCAAUAUCUCCAAGAAACAGCUGAGCUGGCUCAUCAACCGUUUGCCAGGGCUCCGAGACUUGGUGCUGUCAGGCUGCUCAUGGAUUGCGGUCUCGGCCCUCUGUACCUCCAGUUGUCCGUUGCUCCGGACCCUGGAUGUCCAGUGGGUAGAAGGGCUAAAGGAUGCCCAGAUGCGGGAUCUCCUGUCUCCGCCCACAGAUAACAGGCCAGGUCAGAUGGACAAUCGGAGCAAGCUCCGAAACAUCGUGGAGCUGCGUCUAGCAGGCCUGGACAUCACCGACGCCUCCCUGCGGCUCAUCAUCCGCCACAUGCCCCUGCUCUCCAAGCUCCACCUUAGUUACUGUAACCAUGUUACUGACCAGUCCAUCAACCUGCUCACUGCAGUGGGCACCACCACCCGGGACUCCUUAACAGAAAUCAACUUGUCAGACUGCAAUAAGGUCACUGACCAAUGCCUGUCCUUCUUCAAGCGCUGUGGAAAUAUCUGUCAUAUUGACCUGAGGUACUGCAAGCAAGUUACCAAGGAAGGCUGUGAGCAGUUCAUAGCUGAAAUGUCUGUGAGUGUCCAGUUUGGGCAAGUGGAGGAAAAACUCCUGCAAAAACUGAGUUAGUCCAAGGACUAGUGUGUAAAU